UCGAGCAAUCCCUGUAUAAAGACCCAUUGCAACCAAAAUCUGGCUCAUCGCUUCCCGAAAGGGCCAUGACCUAUGACCCACAUAAAAUAAAAAUUGUCCUAGUUUUCUUCCCAACAUAUCUUCCAUCCGUCGCCGUUUCAUUUUGCCCAUUCAAUUCUUCUUUUUUUUUAGCCAAUUUUGACCAUUCUAUUUACUUAUCAGUUAUCAGUUUAUUUUCUGUAGUUUCCUGCCAAAAUUAAGAGCCGUCACCGCUAUUUCACAACUGACCUGCAAAACGCUGACGUUUUUUUCCUUAACACAACUCAAUAAUGCCGAAAUUUAACGGUAUUUUAACGGUAGCCGUUAUCUUUGCAUUCCUCUUCAAUUUCUCUCUCGCCCUAGACUCCUUGCUUGCCACAGAUGAAAAUUGCCUAAGAAGAUCUCUGUUUUCGGGGAUUCUAAGCCAAGAUUAGGAAGGAUUCUCUCCGGUUCAGGCGAGAAAAAAAAAGGUGAUUUUUUUGUGAUAUUCAUCGAUGAAAGUUCAUUACUUUGUAAUUCAGAAGUGAAAUAUGGUUUGGGUUUCUUUCGUUUUGUUAGUUUCAUGAGCUUUGGGUUUGAUUUGGUGAGAUUGUAAGCUGUUUUGUGGACUAAAACAAGAAAGCUCUUUUCAGUGGAUAAGGGAAGAAAAAGGGUGAUUUUUUUCAUGAUGUUUAUCGAUGAGCUGAAGUGAAAAAGUAUUGGGUUUUUUCCUUCCUUUUUUGUUGGUUUGAUGGGCUUGGUUUUGAUUUGGUGAGAGUGAGAUUAAUAGUUGUUCUUUGUACUAAAAGGGAAUACUCUUAUAGUGGAUAAGGUCUUAAGAAAAUGGGAGAAGAUUUGCUUACAAGCUUGUCUAUCGAAAAUCACCACCCAUCAACAGUUUUAUCUAUGGAUUCAAGUUCAGUCUCUCAUGAGGAAUUAGAUAGAGAGAUGAACCGGUCAAUUGCUCUUUCUAGACCACCUGAUAUUAAUCUUAUUCCUCUGUCUGCUGAGCGUAGUCCUCCACAAUCAUGGAAUUCUGAUCCAUUAGAUAUGUUAGAUGUUGCUCUUGCAACUCAUGUCAAUGAGGCUGAUACUUUGGUUACUGUGUCCAAAAGCGGGCGUAAAUGUGCCAAGAGAUUGGAUAGCGUUUGGGGUGCUUGGUUUUUCUUUAGCUAUUAUUUUAAGCCUGUGUUUAAUGAGAAAUCAAAAGCUAAGGUGACAAGGGAUGGAAGUGGAGUUUCAGGGUUUGAUAAGUCAGAUCUUGAGCUAGAGUUGUUUUUGGUUCAGCAUGAUAUGGAGAAUAUGUAUAUGUGGGUUUUUAAGGAGAGGCCUGAGAAUGCAUUGGGUAAGAUGCAGUUGAGGAGUUACAUGAAUGGGCAUUCACGUCAAGGGGAGCGGCCUUUUCCAUUUAGUGCUGAUAAGGGAUUUGUUCGAUCACAUAGGAUGCAGCGAAAGCAUUAUAGGGGUCUUUCUAAUCCUCAGUGUGUGCAUGGAAUAGAGGUUGUUCCAUCACCCAAUCUAAAGGGUCUUGAUGAAGAAGAGCAAAAGAGGUGGAUGGAACUUACAGGAAGAGACCUGAACUUCUCAGUUCCGCCUGAAGCUAGUGAAUUUUGUACCUGGAGGAACCUUACUAACACAGAAUUUGAGCUUGAUAGACCCCUUCCUGCUUUGAAAACUCACCCACAGCCUCAUCAAAAAAAACUGCUUAAUGGAUCUGGUUUAAAUUUGUCAACUCGGCCUUCAAACCAUGCAAAUGGUGUUGUUAUGGAUCUCUCCCCUGUCAGCAACAAGAGGAAAAAGGAUUUGUUUCUAAAUGGCAAUGAUGAAGACUGUUGUUUGCUCAUUAAUCAGUAUAAUGAUAGGGUCAAUGAUACAGAGAUGCACCCUAUUGAACCACCCUGGUUGAAUGAGUUUAGUGGAGUAAUGAGAACUGUCUAUGGACCAGUUACAGCUGCAAAAACUAUUUAUGAGGAUGAACAGGGAUACCUAAUUAUCAUCAGCUUGCCUUUUGCUGAUCUUAAAAGGGUCAAAGUUUCUUGGUGGAAUAAUCUGAUGCAUGGUGUUGUAAAGAUAUCAUCUAUAAGCAGAGCUUGCAUGCCCUUUAUUAAGAGAAAUGAUAGAACAUUCAAGCUUACAGAUCCAUCUCCCGAGCAUUGUCCUCCGGGAGAGUUCAUAAGGGAAAUAUCUCUACCAACCAGGAUUCCGGAUGAUGCUACGCUAGAAGCAUAUGGUGAUGAAACAGGAACUGGUCUUGAAAUCAUAGUGCCAAAGCACCGUGCAGGUCCAGAAGAACACGAGGUUCACGUCUGCCUUCGUCCUCACCUUGGACCCAAUGAGCUUCUGCUGUCUUGACUUUCCAUUGAGGCUUUCAUUGGAGAAAUACAAAGAUAGGUGUUGUGCAAAUAGCAUGGAUCCAGGACUACUUUCAAGCGUCAACAUUGAAAUUCAAGUGUACCACCUUAUCAUACUUGCUGUACGUUAAGGUGAAUGCAAUUCCUCAUUUUUCCUAUACCCUCUGCAAUUUUUUUUAUUCCUAUUACUUUUAUUGACCCAUCUGAUGGCUCGUUGGCCUGAUUUUCUAGCUUUUGUAUCUUUUUAAGACAUUGAGGAUAUUAUUUCACGAAGUGGCAUUUUUUCUUCUCGUUAUGCACGGCAAAAGAAGAGCGAUGGAUAUAUAUCUUAACGUUUUGAUAAAAUUUGUAUAUUAUACUUGCCAUAUUCUUGCACUAUAUUUCUUUCUACCUCAACGUUUAUUAGAGAUCAUUUUUAAGUUAAUAUGGUAA